AGGAAGGACUUUAAACACUGCAGUUUACAGUAGUUAAGAAGAAAGGGGGGGAAGCAGUCAAGCAUUGAUCAGUUUCACUCUCGGGAAUCAGUUUUGUCUCUGGAUCCUGGGUUGGUCUGUUUCGACUGUGUCUACGCUGUGAAGGGAUACAAUGUAUCUAGACCACAACUUUACAUUCCCGAUUCUCUGACCUUUCUUUUUUGUAUGGGAAGCCGAGCCAUAGCAUUUGAUAGAAACUCCCCACUCCACAGUUAACUGGGAGAUGUUAACACAUGAAGCGCAUUGGAAGGAACAUGGUUGAGAGGACCAGCAAAUUUGUUUUGAUCGUGCUUGGAUCCAUCUGUUUCAUGUUGAUCUUGUACCAGUACGUGGGACCGGGGAUGAUGAACUUCGGGUCCCCGCACCGGUACCUUAUUCAAGAAGACUUGGAUAUUUUCCCGACCCCAGAUCCACACUAUGUAAAGAAGUACUAUUUUCCGAUCAGGGACCUGGAGCGCUCUGUUGAUUUCGAGAUCAAGGGGGAAGACGUGAUCGUUUUUCUCCACAUCCAGAAAACCGGAGGGACCACCUUUGGAAGGCACCUGGUGCAGAAUGUGAGAUUGGAGGUGCCUUGCGAUUGCAGACCUGGGCAGAAGAAGUGUACCUGUUACCGGCCGAACAGGAAAGAGACCUGGCUUUUUUCCCGGUUCUCUACCGGCUGGAGCUGUGGAUUGCAUGCCGAUUGGACCGAACUCACAAACUGUGUACCUGGAGUGCUCAACAAGAAAGAAAAUACAUUGAAAAAUCCAAGGAAAUUUUACUACAUCACCCUUCUGAGAGACCCAGUGUCGCGAUACCUGAGCGAGUGGAGGCACGUUCAGAGGGGGGCCACCUGGAAGACCUCCCUGCACAUGUGCGACGGGCGCACUCCCACCCCAGAUGAGCUCCCCUCCUGCUAUGAGGGCACGGACUGGUCUGGCUGCAGCCUACAGCAGUUCACAGACUGCCCUUACAACUUGGCCAACAAUCGACAAGUGAGGAUGCUGGCUGACCUUAGCCUGGUAGGCUGCUACAACAUGUCCUUCAUCCCUGAGAAGAAGCGGGCCCAGGUACUCUUAGAGAGCGCCAAAAAGAACCUAAGGGACAUGGCCUUCUUCGGGCUAACUGAGUUCCAGAGGAAGACCCAGUACUUGUUCGAGCGGACCUUCAACCUGAAGUUCAUCCGGCCCUUCAUGCAGUAUAACAGCACACGAGCGGCCGGAGUGGAUGUUGACAACGACACUAUCCUGCGCAUCGAAGAACUCAACGACCUUGACAUGCAGCUGUAUGACUAUGCCAAGGAUCUCUUUCAACAGCGGUAUCAGUAUAAACGGCAGCUGGAACGCAUGGAGCAGAGGAUCAAAAACCGAGAGGAGCGGAGACUCCACCGGUCCAACGAAUCUCCAAGGGAAGAAAUGGAGGAGCAAGGGCGUCUGCCCACAGAGGACUACAUGAGUCAAAUCAUUGAGAAAUGGUAGCCAAUGUGAUGUUUUUACCCCUUUCAAUUACAAUGUCCUUAAAGUAUAAUAAAAUACAUUAUUGAGAACUGGUGUUGGAGGUGGAGGUGUUCAUCUCUGGCCACCUUCUCUGUGUAUAAAGGACUACAGAAGUCACUACUUAGUUGAGAAGUGUGUUGGCUGUUGUUGCCACCUGAGUUCCUCACAAUGCCAUCCGAACUACAUGAGCCACUUACGCAAGACCUUAAUGUGAAAGAGGAUCGCCUCUAGCCAUCUUUUUUUUUUUUAAAGACUAUGGGCCCACUUAGUGUUCCAGGUUGUGAAAUACCAUGGAAGUUGAAUAAAAAAAAAAAAAAAAAAUUACAUUAUUUAAGGAACAUUUUCUGUAAAACAGAACUGGUUUGCUUAAAAAAUAAAUCAGAAAAACAUGAUGUUUUCAACAGGACCACUUGAUUUUAACAACAUAAAACAAAACAAAAAUCAUAGCAGACAAGAUAGCUGCUGAGGCAAUUUGUUCAAAGCUCUUUGAAUGCAUCUAUUAGUGCUCUCUAAUCAUUGGGGCAGGAUUGUAAUCACUUGAAUUGUUUUAAAACAGUUGUUGUUUUGUUUUUUGUUUUAGUUUUUUUUUUUUUUUUUUUUUUUUUUUAAAUGGUGUAUGGAUCGUGAACUUGAUUGACCAUAGUUGUAUAAAAUGUUACGACUUUCUGAAUUUUCUUAAUUUAUAUGACAAUUUUAGAAAAGAAAAGAAAAACAAAUCUUCCACUCCUCCCUUUUCUGUUUUAUAAAAUGUUAUUUUGCAGCUGUGUGAUUACCAUACCAUUCCAUCUGUAACCUACUGUAGUUAGGGUCAAAUCCUGCAGUGUUUUUGGAGAUUUGCACAGUGGAUUGUGGUGCAGAUCAUUGUGGAUUAUGCCCCAUUAUCAGUACAGGCACUUACCAGAUGCCACUCCUGUAAACAGUAUGAAGAUUGCAGGGGGCUCUGGCCAUGACACUAGCUAUGUAUUUUGAAGGCAGAGAAAUAAAAUGUUCUAACUGCUGACCCAAAGAACCUUGGGAAGAAUCUUAAACUAUUUUAAUUGAAAUCUGAUGCUCAUACUUUUAGGAGUAUUUAUCUGCAAGAUGACCUUGCACACAUCAUAAGGAAACCAUUCGUAAUGCAAAAUACAAUUUCAACUCUCACUGACUUUCAGUGGGAGGUUGACCCCAUUACCCAUCUAUCAAGCUACAGUGGGACAUUCUGGAACAGAGCAGAGAAAACAAAUGAAUCCAUCAUCUCCUUGUCUUGUGUUUUUAACAGCACUUAAAUAUUUUGCCUUCUGAACAUCAUAACUGCCAUUCAUCUCCAGACAAUGACUUGACCUUAAUGCUCUUGUCACGGUUGUAUAAUGUGCUCUGCAUCGUCCUUUUAUUUCUACUGUUGGAGGGUGAUACAGUUUUAAGGUGGGAUGAGGACCAGCUGCAGUCAUUUGUGGGGAAUCUACUUCUUUGCCUUUUUUAUACAUGUGUAAAAUCUCAUUGAUGCUUGUUCUAGACAGAAUCUUGGACUGUGUCAUUCUCAGGGUAGAAUUGCAGAAGUUCUUACAGCCACUGUCAGCUGGAGUGAUUCCAUGUUGUCCUUGGAUGCUUUUCGUCCCAUUCCCGUUUCCCAUAGAAAUACAGUGAUUGCACAGGGAGUAUGCCUCUUGGGCCAUGUUAUGGAUGGUCAGCAGAACUUUCAUUAUCAACAACAAAGAGAGAAUAGUCAAGGCAGACCAAAUGGCAGGGUUGAUAAGGCAUGUCCUUGUUGUUAUUUAUUAUUAUAGCUUGUAAAGAACAUUCUAAUGAAAAGUUAUUGGAUGAUGCCCCUGUGCCAUUCAACACAGGAUAUUCAGCUCAGGUCACUGAAACCAAAACUCAGUGACUGAGUAUAGACAACAGUCUCUGUCAUCCAUCUCUCUCUCAUCCGAUUUACAAGCUGUUGUGUCAAACAGAUUGUCAAAGUUAAUUUUUGACCACCUAACCAGAUCCAUGUACCUUAAAACAAAAGCAAUGACGGGUAUUACAACACUGAUUUAACUGAAGCUAGUAUAAAUUUGAAUUCUACUUGCAUUUCGAUACAGGUUUGGUAAAGGAAGGCCAGUGCUCAUGAAAACUGAAUAUAAUCUGUACACAGUAAUAUCUGCAUAAACAGACACUUAUUGAGAGGCAUGUCCUUAUAUUGUAUAAAUACACUGUGAAUGUUUUUCAUCACAAGAAUUCUAAAAAUGGUUCUGUUUUAGUCAAAUGAUUGCUGUAGAUGUUUUGAUUUUGUUUGUUUAAAUAAAAACACACUUUCUAAACAACUACCAUAUAUCAAUAUUGCCACAUUGAAACGCCUUUCUUUAAGCGUCUGUUUUUGACAGAUUUGACUGAACAGGGCCUAAACCAACUUUUUCUCCAAAAGUCCUUUGGUAGGUUUAUAGAAAGGCUGUUGUGGAGGACUAGUCUCUGUAUUUCAGUUCAAAGGUUGUGUAACCAGUCAGAAGGCCAUUUUGCUAUAUUUCAAAAUGUGUUGUCUGGCUUCAAGCACAGCUUUAUGUGCUUCAGAACUUUUAUGAGAGAAGAUGGGUUUAUGGAUGAAGGUUGUUGGUGAAAGCCCUAGGUAAAACAAGCAACACCAAUCAUUUACUGCUCUUACUGUAUUGCUCCAAGUAUUUAUGUUAUUCAUGCAAAAUGGAUCAUCAAGCCAUUAAUAAAGAGAUUUCAUUUUUAAUGG